AUGCGCUUCUGCCUGAUUGUUCUGGGCUUGCUACCUGCUCUAGCCACCUCGUCACCUCUUCCAAGGCAUCGGAGGCAAGCCAACAAUUCCUCAGAGCCCCUCACGGAUAUCCACCUCAUCCAACAGUACUGGGGCCAGAUUACGCCGUACGCAGACAAUGCGGAGGAGUUUUUCGGCGUCAGUGACGUCGGUUUGCCAGAUGGAUGUCAGGUCGAGCAGGUUCAUCUGUUGCAGCGGCAUGGAGCUCGGUUUCCCACCAGCUAUUUUGACGACGGUGUCAACAAUGAGCACUUUGGCGCCAAAGUCUUCAAUUGGACUCAGGCGAAUUCAUCGGAGCUGUUCACCGGUCCUCUGAGCUUUUUGAACUCGUACCGGUACCAGCUGGGCGAGAGCUAUCUCAUUGGAACCGGUGCCUCCCAGCUGUUUGAAUCGGGAGUUACCUUUUGGCAGCGAUAUGGCCGGACGCUGUUCAAUGCGUCGGUCGGCCAAUUGGCCUACAAUGCCAGCUUCCCCAAUGGUACUGCGAGACCCAAGCCAGUGUUGAGGACCACGUCACAGUCCCGGAUCGAAAACACGCAAAUCAAUUGGGCGCUGGGAUUCUUUGGGCCGUCCUACCUAGAAGAGCCCAACCCCACGCUGGCAAAUGCCACCCAUCCGUUCAGUUUGGUGGUCAUUCCUGAAGGUGGAACGGAAAACAACACGCUAGCAUCCUACGACAGCUGUACCAACGUGGACGACGCCACUAUAGGAUAUCUAGGGGAUCUAGAUCUUUUGUCCUACCUGCCGUUGUACCUGUCUGAUGCCCAUGAUCGCCUGGCAGACUACGUGCCAGCCGGGUUUAAUCUGACCAUCAAUGACACCUACGCCUUGCAGAGCAUCUGUGCCUAUGAGACCAAUUACCUUGGGCAAUCCGAUUUCUGCACCCUUUUCACCGAAAACGAAUGGGCCGGCUUCGAGUCCACGCUGGACCAAGAGUACUACUACGACUAUGCAUACGGCAACCCGACGGGCCGGGCGCAAGGGAUCGGCUACCUGCAAGAACUUCUCGCCAGGCUGACGCAUCAGUACAUCACGUCGUCCAACUCGAGCGUCAACAGCAGCAUCACCAACAACACGGCGGAUUUCCCUCUGGGCCAGAAAUUAUAUGCUGAUUUCUCGCACGAUGACAUCCUCAUUUCAGUGCUGACGGCCGCCUCGGUGGAUUAUUUUCGCGACCCGCCGUCGCUCACGGACUACCCGCCGGAUGCAAACCGACACUUUAUCCUGUCACAUCUGACACCUUUUGCGGCUCGUCUGGUGACAGAAGUGGUAGGUUGUGGCAGUGGUAACCCCAGACCCCAACCGUCCCGGACCCAAUACUAUUCUAGCCAGUACGGAUACGAUGCGAGCAACGCCACGCACAAGUUCUUGCGCAUGCGACUGAACAACGGGAUCUUGCCUCUGUCGACCGUCCGCGGUGGCUACUGUGGGAACCGGACUGACGGGCUGUGUCCGCUAAACUCAUUCAUCAAGAGUCAAGCAGGAGCGUUCGAUCAAAGCAACUAUCAAUAUGCGUGCUUCGGAAACUAUACCGUGGACUACCCCAACAACGGGACUGACUAUGACGGGACCAUCUUCAGUGGCAGUGAUUCGGCGUAG